AUGGUUGGUAUGAGGGCAUCCAACUUUAUACGCAAUGCCCUAGAGGCAACGAAUAAAGUAAUAAAAUAUGACGGUACAUUUAGAGAACGUCAUGUGAUAUCGAGAUUUUUAGUAAUAGCGGCAAAUAUAAUUAAUAAUUGGUCCAUUGAACGUGAUCCAUCAUCAAUAAAUGCAAAACCUUUUUCAGUUGAACCACCAAUAUGUUUAAAUUUAUGGACAUCAGCUUAUCAAUGGGCAAAAACAACAAAAGAUGUUGUAUGUCUUCAAAAUGAUGUUUUCAAGCAAUAUUAUAUACCAGCUCGUAAUUUAGAAUUUAUAUCACAAGCUGAUUUAAAUAAAUAUAUAAAAAAGAAUGGACAACCUUCAACCAGUUCAAAAAGAUUUUUGAUAUUUGGAAGAAGCUAA